AUGCUUCUACUGCACCUAUUCGGACUCGCGGUCCUCUCCGCAAGCCUGACAGCCGCGGUGGAACUAACAGGCUAUGAAUACGUCGUUGUGGGAUCCGGCGCAGGAGGCGGUCCCCUCGCUGCACGUCUAGCUCUCCACGGCCACAAGACACUCCUGAUCGAAGCCGGGGAUGAUCAAGGCCUCAACGACAACUACAACGUCCCAGCAUAUUCAGCCAAAGCCUCGGAAGAUGGUGCUCUAGCCUGGAACUUCUUCGUUCGCCACUAUGCCGACGACGACCGACAAGCCCUUGACUAUAAAACGACCUACGAGACCCCAUCCGGCGAAGAAUAUACCGGUCUCAACCCGCCAGCCGGAUCCAAGAUGAAGGGAACCCUGUACCCGCGCACCGGCACGCUGGGCGGCUGCACAGCGCACAACGCCCUGAUCACAGUGUAUCCCCACGAAUCGGACUUUGACUAUAUCUCCACGUUGACAGGCGAUGGGUCCUGGUCGCCGAAGAAUAUGCGAAAGCUUUUUGAGCGCAUGGAGAAUAAUCAAUAUGCCCUCCCUGGCCUUCCCGGACAUGGAUAUGAUGGCUGGUUGCAUGAUGAAGAGGCGCCGAUUAGUAUUGUCCUCGAAGAUCCGCAGCUGCUGAGUAUGUUGCUGGGUGGUGCUUUCGCACUAGGUAACCAGACGAACUCGGUCAUUAACCUCGGGACACUCCUCGCUGGUGACGCUAAUCGCGAUGCGAAGUCGCGAGAUACCACGCCGGGAUAUUAUCAAAUUCCCAUUGCGACGAACGGCGGCAAGCGGAACGGACCCCGUGACUUCGUUGUUGCCGUCCGGGAUGCGACGAACGAUGACGGCUCCAAGAAGUACCCUCUCGACGUCCGAACCAACUGCCAUGCCACUAAGGUGACCUUUGACAACUCGACUCCCCCACGCGCAACGGGUGUGGAAUUUCUGGAUGGAAAGUACCUUUACCGCGCGAGUCCUCGCUCCGGCACAGCUGAAAAGGGUGUUGCGGGCAGCGUCAAGGCUUCUCGCGAGGUCAUCGUCUCCGGUGGCGUCUACAACUCUCCACAACUACUGAAGCUAAGCGGCGUCGGUCCUAAGAAAGAACUAGAGAAGUUCGGCAUAAAGGUGAUUUCUGACCUACCCGGCGUCGGCACCAACCUGCAAGACCACUACGAGACCGCCGUCCAGGGCCAUUCACCCAAGAACUUCACCGCGCUGGAUGGAUGUACCUUCAGUCCUAAUGGUGACCCCUGCCUCGACCGCUGGAACAGUCCUGUCCUGGGCAACCGCGGCAUCUACUCCUCCGCCGGCUUCGCCGCAACAAUGUUCUACAAAUCCACGCAAACAGCAGACGACAGCUACGACGCCUUCGUCUUUGGCGGACCCGUCAAUUUCCGCGGCUACUUCCCGGACUACAGCAUCAACAUCACCGAGCGUCACGACUGGUGGUCCUGGGCUGUUCUGAAAGCCCACCCGCGCAAUACAGCCGGUUCAGUCACGCUUCGCUCGGCGGAUCCCCUCGAUAUGCCUGAUAUCGUCUUCAAUUACUUCGACACCGGCAGUGACGGAUACGAGAAAGACUUAACGGCUAUUACGGAGGCAAUUAGGCUUGCGCGUGAUGCGUUUGAUCGGCAACUUGUUGAUGUGAAGGAAGUGUUGCCGGGGAAGGAUGUUGUCUCGGACGAGGAGAUUCAUGAGUAUAUCAAGAAUACGGCUUGGGGCCAUCAUGCGUCGUGUACCUGUCCUAUUGGUACUGAUGAUGACCCGAUGGCUGUUUUGGAUUCGAAGUUCCAUGUUCGCGGUGUGCGGGGACUCCGGGUUGUUGACGCAUCUGUUUACCCGCGGAUUCCGGGGACGUUCACGGCUGUGUCGACGUAUAUGGUUGGUGAGAAGGCCGCGGAGGAUAUUUUGAAUGACAUGUAA